UCAAAGCCACACUCUAACGACAGCCACCCGGGGGGUUAUUGUUAGCAAUGAUCCUCGUCAAAAUUACAGGAGAGAGAAACUAAAAUUGGGCGGGCAUCCAUAUACAUAUUCUUCAUCAUCAUCGAAUCGAACCAAGUCUUCUCUCUCUAUAAACAAUUUCUUAAUUCUUUUAUUUAUUUAUUAUUUAUAGCUCUCUCUCUCUUCAUUUUCCAUCUCUACCUCUCCGUCAAAGUUCUUCUUUUUCCGGCCGAUCAUCUCUCCGCCGUCCGAUCUAGGGUUCUUCCCCCUCCAUUUGAAAAGGAAAAAAGAUUUGCUAGCCUAGUUAACAAAGAUUUGGAAAGAGGUGAAAAUCAGAUUUAUGUCUAAUGGAUCGUAUGGAUUCAGAAGAACGAGACCUUUUAAUUGAUCUUGAGAGUGGUAGGAUAAUUAGUGAAGAGGGCUCCAGUCAAGGCGCUGUUUCGGGCAAUAGACAAGUGAAGAAUGCAUUCAAUACUGUUUUAAGUGGUUUUUUGGGUCUUAAUAGAUCGGUUGGGGGUGAAUCUGGUGUUAACUCAUACAGCAAUUUGGGAGAAACUAGCAAGUCUGGGGCUGGAAAUGUAGAAGGGUUAUUAGGCAGUAGUUCAGGAGAAGUGAGUGGAGAGCAUAUGGCCAUUGUUGAGAAGAAGCAUGGGAAAGAGAAACGUAAGAACACAAAAUAUAAGAAGGCUCCCAAGCCACCGAGGCCUCCUAAAGGUCCAUCAUUGGAUGCUGCCGACGUGAAGUUGAUAAAGGAGCUCUCUGCACUUGCCAUGAAGAAACGUGCGAGGAGUGAACAGAUGAAGGCUAUGAAGAAGAUGAAAGAAGCCAAAUCAUCAUCGUCGUCAUUGAUAUCGAAAAACAGCAGCGUAUCUGCCCUGGUCAUCACUAUUCUCUUUUUCGUUAUAAUACUCUUCCAAGGAUUUUGCUCCAGAAGCAGUUCCAGUGUGAGUUUUGAGGGGUCUCCUGAGCCAGCAGCUACGAACAGUUUGAUAUCAGUCCAGUUUUAUGGUAACCCCUCCACAAAUUUUGGCAAUGGACACGGUUCUGAGCCUCCAAGUUCUGUACAGCAGGCUUCUGGUUCGAAUUUUGGAUAAAUUGGGUAGAUGCCCUGGGUAACAUGACAGUCGUUGAGGACCGGAAGUGUUGAUGGGAUGGUAUAUCUGGCAUCAAAGGGGGAAUUGCUUCCGGUUUUAUCCUUGUCCUUCAUUGUACAGAUUUUGUGACACAGUUCUUACUCUGUAUGUAUCUAUAGACUAUAGCCUCCUUGAGAUGUGAAGUUUUCCCCUUGGACUAUUGGCAAAUUCUUCUUAUAAAUUAAUGACAAAUUUAAAGGACUUUGUUUAGUUUGAUA